CAUCACUGUAUUUGGGUAGUUUGUUCUGCUCUGCAUUUAUCUCUGGAGGUGCAGUUUCUCAUAAUGAGGUUUCUAAUCUCAUUGUGUGUGUCUCUACUGUUGCUGAAUAAUGGUGAAAUGAUCAAUGGACAGACAACAGCUGUCAGGCUGGUGAAUGGAUCCAACCUCUGUUCCGGAAGAGUGGAGGUUUUCCACAAUGGAACCUGGGGAACAGUGUGUGAUGACCUGUGGGACUCUGCAGAUGCGGCAGUGGUGUGCAGAGAACUGGGCUGUGGGAGUGUCAUAGAGGCAAAGAGUAGUGCUUAUUUUGGACAAGGUUCUGGACAAAUAUGGUUGGAUGAUGUCCAGUGCCGUGGGAAUGAAUCUACACUGAAAAACUGUUCAUCACUUGGAUGGGGAUCACAUAACUGUGGGCACCAUGAAGAUGCUGGAGUCAUCUGCCAAACUGUCAGGUUGGUGAAUGGACCCAACCUCUGUUCUGGAAGGGUGGAGGUUCUCCACAAUGGAGUCUGGGGAACAGUGUGUGAUGAUCUGUGGGAUUCUGCAGACGCGGCAGUGGUGUGUAGAGAAGUGGGCUGUGGGAAUGUCAUAGAAGCAAAGAAUAGUGCUUAUUUUGGACAAGGUUCUGGACAAAUAUGGUUGGAUGAUGUCCAGUGCCGUGGAAAUGAAUCUACACUGAAAAACUGUUCAUCACUUGGAUGGGGAUCACAUAACUGUGUGCACCAAGAAGAUGCUGGAGUCAUCUGCCAAGAUUUGAGUGACCCCUGUUUUGAGCUCAACUGCACUGAGGAUGAAUGGUGUGGACAGAAAAAUGGUGUUUAUGGCUGUUUCUGUAAUGAGAGCCAUCGAAGACCUGAUCCAGCAUCUUUUGAUGUCUCUGAGGUUUGUAAAAGCAGCAAUGGUUUCAUAUCUCUGUCUCGCUGUCAGCUCUUUGAGGCUGGUUUUCCUACUGACAGCUUACACCUCAAUGACCCCAACUGCAAAGGAACAGUCUUGAAUGGCAGAGUGGAGUUCUAUUUUGACAACAAUGACCACAUCUGUGGUACAAGUCUUUUGGCCAAUGGUACCCACUUCAUUUAUGAGAACUUUAUUUUCGGAACUCCAAACUCAACUGAAGGUCCCAUCAGCAGGAAGAGAAUUUUGAAGUUGAAUUUCAGCUGUAUAUACCCCCAAACCCAAACACUUUCUAUGAACAUGGAAAUCAAUCCACUAGAGAGCAUUGUCCACAAGAAUCUUCCUGGUUAUCAAGGGAGAUAUCAGGUCAGGAUGGUUCCAUAUCAGGAUGCUGAGUUCUCCCAGCCCUUCGCUGGAAAUGUGAAUGUGGAGGUGAAUCAGCAGAUGUUUGUGGAAAUUCGUGUUGAGGGGGUUGACAGCCGUCAGUUUGCCACAGUGGUUGACACAUGUUGGGCGACACCUGAGAAUGAUCCUCAUCACUCUGUCCGCUGGGACCUCAUCAGUGGAGAGUGUCCAAGUUCAAAUGAUGACACAGUGGAGCUGCUGCAGAAUGGAGUCUUCACAUCCAGCCGUUUCUCCUUCAGGAUGUUUGUCUUCACUGUAAACUUCAAUAAGGUUUACCUGCACUGUAGUGUUCACCUUUGCCUUCUGACAGGAAAUCACUGCUCAACUCACUGUGAUUCUGGAUACCACUGGAGAGAGGGCAGGUCUGCAGAAUUCCAUGACAGUUCUUCCAUCUCCAUGGGUCCCCUGAUGUUGUCUGAAAGGAACUCAGGUAUUUAGGCCCCAGAACAACAGAACAUAUCCAUGGCUUCAAGACUGUGUGAUUCUUUGAUUAUAUUAUUUGUUUCUUUGCUAAGUGUCCUGAUUUUUCUCUAGAAUACUUUACAGAAUGAAAUAUUUGUACAAUGAAUACUCAUUGUUUUGUAUACAUCUUAUCUCUUUCUAAAUGAAUUUGGCUACAAGCUGGGUUUCUUGAUACCAUUACAAAUCAUGUUUUUAAGGUAAUCUACUACUGUUUCUUUUUUUUAAAGCUGGAGUAACAUCUGUUUCCCAAACAUGUAGAUUGUUCAUUAUUAAGUUGGACUUAAGUGUAUCGCUAUGGGAGCUAUUUGGUUCAAAGGUACUAAGGCCGUUCAGACAUUAUAGUUUCUUUUAAAGUGUGGCGUAGAAUCAUUAGGAAGAACAGAAACAAUAUCUAUAUUAUGACAAUAUUCUUUGUAGUUAUAAUGUUCUUUGUCUAUGGUACAGUAUAA